CUGCAGCUGCAUUGUCACCAUCUUCCAUGUUGUGGUUCCAUGCUGUUAGUGUCCAUCAUCUCAGCAUCAGCUAAAACACUGAAGAAAGUAUUGCUACUAUGUCUUAUGUGAAGCCAAAUGCACAAGAGGACAAAGACGUGGAAUCUGUGUCUGACAGCACAGGUCAUACUCAGGAGCCAUUACAGAGUCACACAUUCUCCCUGAAGAACAAUGCUGCGGGUCUGUCCUCAGAUGAACACGAAAAACCUUUAAAUGGAACCCAGCCGAAUCCAUUUGUAUACAGCAGUGUCCCUGCUGUUCCCCAUGCAGGCAAUUCAUUGCCUUCAGGAGCACUUGUUAAUGGACCUGGUUCACACCCCACCUCAGAGGUACACUGUGUCCUGAACAAAGGCACUGUUUUAUCCAACAGUGUCCUGGAUGCAGCAUGGCAAGCGGAGAAGGACACGAGCCCCGAGGUGUUACCACCACCUAGUGAGCUUCAAUCAGACGCUUGGAAGAACACAGCACGUCCCGUCGUAAAAACACUGGCCACACAGCCAGGUGUCAACACACCACUGUCUCACUCGGAGGAGAAUGAGUCUAAACUGGCCUGUUCCACACUGUCAGGUGACAGUGCAGAGCAAAUGCACGUUAGCCAACCUUUGACAGAACAGACAAUGAAAACAAGAUCUCAACAGGAUGCAGAAUGGUCAGAAAGCUCCUCAGAUGAUUAUGAUGAUUCUGAAGUAAUCAGAUGGGAUUCAGCAAGAGAGCACUUCUUGCACAAUGACAGAAGGCUGGAGACCAAAGUGAUGAAGCACAAUACAUAUGUAAAAAGCAUGUCAGGCUCUCUAGAAAAGGUUAACAACAGCUCAAAUCACACACAUACACGCCUCUGUUUCUGCACUGGGAGCGAUGUUGAAAAUGUUGACACUGGCUACGAUGAUUCUUUGGGUACGCAGUCUGAUAUUAAAUAUUCUGCUGUGCAAUUCAAAGAUCUUUCGGGAAACGCGGCUUCAGACUCUGAGCACUACAUUUAUAGCACAGCACAGGAAGGCUGUAAUGAGGAAGAUGACCGUGAAGGUGAAGACAAUUUUAGUCCAAAAGUGGUACACCUGAAGACAGAACAAGUUGAACAAGAUCCGCUUUUCUUCUCAUGCACAAUAUGCAAUGUUAAUUUCAAGGAAAAAAUACAUUUCCAUAGACAUAUGAUGUAUCAUUUAGGCAAGCAUAAUCAGGUGAACAGUGAGAAUGUUUCACAGCCCUUUAUAUGCAGGGAGUGUGGGCGUUUGUUCUGUGAUAGCAACUCCCUCAUGUGCCAUAUUAUUCACCAAGACAGACUGGAAAAACUUAUGGAGGAAAUCAAAGGUCUCAAAAACACUGCAUUCAAAGACAGAUCGAACCCUCGGUGUGCAUGCGAUUGUAAAGGUCCUAAAAUCUUUGUCCAGCACGCUAAAACACAGGAUAAUCUAAAGCACUACUACUUCUGUGAAGAGUGUAACUUCAUCACUCUGACACAGCAGGCACUUGAAACACACUUACAUGUUGCACACCUCAACACGGACCAGCUUCAGUACAAGAAAGUGAUUCAUACUAAUGAUCUAGACGAAGCGGACUUUGUUCCAUUUCAGCAUAAAAUGGGUAUUUUCAGUGGAAGAGGCAAAGUAGUAUUAGAAAGAAAUUCUGAGCUGGAGCAUCAGCAAACACACUGUGGUCAUUCUCAAUCAAAUCUGUCGACCUUUGGGGAAACAGCUCAAUUCCCUUGUGGUUCUUGUAAAAAAAGGAACAUUUACAUUAAAAUGUCCAAUGACAAAACUGUUAAUUCUCAGUUUAAGUGCAGUGUCGGCUGCACCAAAAACAUUCUCUCUCCAUCUUUGUGGAAAGUUGACAGCAGUGGAAAAUUACUCCUACAACCAGCAGAAAAAUUAGAUGUGUCAACUGAUCUCACCUGCUUGGAAGAAGAAGACGCUGAAAACAAUGACUGCAAGGCUUUUGGCAGCUCAAUGCAGGCAAACUGUCCUGCAACCGCUGAUAUUUUAGCCAGAAAUCUUAAAUUAGACCAAAUGUUCUGUCAGCGUAGCAACAACGUCUGGGCACAAGCACAAGCAGAGCAAAAUUCACUAUCAAUGAAAGAAAUGUCAACACCCUUGCAUAGCACUACUGACAAUUUGAAUGGUAAUAUAUCGGUAAGGCUUAGCCAGAGGCUCAAGAAAGAGUCUGCAGAUAGGGAGUUAGAGAAAGGUGUGGGCAGCAAUAACUUCAGUGAUGACACCAGUGGAGCUACAAGCAGCUUCUUGGAAAGCAGCAAGAAUAAAAAGAACCUGUAUGCUCGGAGGUAUUUCAGAAAGAGGCUUUCAGCCAAAGACCAAAGCCCUCAUGUACUCAAGGGAGAAGAUGAUGGAGAUGAAGACUGUAGUGACAUAGAGCAACUCGUAAUCAAGGAGGAAUAUUUUGAAACCACAGUGUGUGAUGAUUCCCCAGAGUGGCCUUGUACUUCUACAAGUGACAACUUUGAUGUUUUCUGCGCACCAGGGGUUGAUCACAAGCCCUGUCCAUACUGCCCUGCCAUGUUUGAGUCUGGAGUGGGUCUGUCCAAUCAUGUGCGAGGGCACCUUCACAGAGUGGGCUUGAGCUAUAACGCUCGGCACAUGGUGUCCCCAGAGCAAGUUGCACUGCGGGACCAUCAACCACGAAUCCGCAGAGGGACCCCCUGUGGCACCUGGAAAAUGAGAAGAGCUUUGAAGCCAAAAACCCAAGGAGAACACACAUGUCCCCUGUGCUGGGGUGGGUUUGACACUAAGACUGGUCUGUCCAACCAUGUGAGGGGGCAUCUGAAGCAAAUUGGACGAAGUGUUACCAGCACCAGUAAGUCCCCACUGUGCGUCCUAAAUGAACUCCUACAAGACAAAAAGGAACAUCGCAACAUCCUCCAGGUCCUCAACAAGAGCCAAUUUCCCUCACAAGUCUUUGUCCCUCAGAAGUUAAUCAGCAGCAAAGGCCUUGUCCUGACGAGAAUGGGCAUCCCAGAGAAAAUCCAUUAUGAUAUGAGGACUCCACAUCACAUAUUGGGCAGCUUUGUACCAAUACAGGAAAUAGAGGUUUUCUCCGAGAGGAAGAAGCUUUCAGUAGAAGCACAAAGAAGCACAAAGUCCUCCUCAGGCACUUUAGCUGAGCUGCUUAAGAUGAGACGGACAGAUACAAGAAACAUCCAGGAAGAUCAUGAAACCAUGAAGCUUUGUGAUUUGACCCAAGAUUACGUGGAAGAGACAACAGUGACCAGUGUGGAACCAAACUGGGCUCAUGGGGAAUGUGAGUCCAACAAGAUUUGUAUUCAGUGUAACAGCACCUUCCCCAGGCUUCCUCGUCGUCUUCGAGCCUACGCGCACAGGAAGAGGAUUGGUAUUUUUGAAGGAACAGGCUACGAUUAUAAGCAGAAGAAGCCAAGACUAAGGCCUGGCCAAGAAAAGAAGAUUUUCCCCUUCUUGAAUCCUGAGAUAUACAGGCUCACAUGCAGAUUCUGUGAUCUCGUCUUCCAGGGUCCACAGUCUAUCCAGGAGGACUGGAUCAAGCAUUUACAGAGACACCUUCUGCACAUCAGGGUGCCCCGCUCAGGGACAGGGCUGGUAGAGGUUCUGGGUCUUCAUCACAAAAUACAAAUGAGCAUGUCUGGUGCACACCCAGAUCCUCAGUAGAGUUUUACUGUCUCGAACAUUUUUUGAUUAGUACUGUAGCAGUUUAUAGAAGUAUAUUCCAGUUAAUCCAGACGACUAGAUGGCAUAUGUUAACAAUAUUAUAUAUAAGCAAAAUGUUUAUUAAGAGAUAUUUCAGUGCUAAGCUUUGUCUUAUCAACUUAUAACACAACUUAUAGGAUUUCUUUCUUCAAUAUAAACUAUUCUGGCAGUGCAGAACUACCACUGUUCUCCUAUGUUUGUCAUAAUAAAAAAGUGCCUUGUUAUUAUGACACAAUAGUUUGUUACAAUGAGAAAAUAUUUUCAUUAUAAAAUGAGAACAAUAUCUCAGUUUCUUGCAACUUUUUGGGUCCUAUAGAGAAAACUUUCUCAUUAUAAAAAGAAACAUUUCUUAAUAUCUUGCUAUCUUUUUAGAAGAAACUUUUUGCCAAAACAAGAACAGUUAAAAGGAGCAUUGCCACUCCUAUACUGGCAAAACACAUGAGCCUGAGCGUUUCGACUAAGCUCAUGUCUCACUUUCUUUUUGAGCCUGCAUAAAAUAAAGCUGAGCUCUCGUUAAGCAGUGUACACAGGGCUGCCGUUCAUCUGUGGAUGCUUUGAAGGGUUUCGCCUCUCUGUGCCGGUAUCAGAGAGAACAUCUCUCUUAAUCAAAGUGACAUUCAGCAUGUUGCAUUACGUUGGGACAGCUUGUUCUCUCAUUGUUCUUCUGCUUAACAUUCAACCAUCAGUGUAAUUUCUGAAAUCCCGCUCUCAUUAUUGCCACAGUAACAUCUUUUUCUAAUGAGAAACUUUCCAGUUAUAACAACAUAUCAUUUGAAUUUUUUUCUCAUUGUGGCAGCUGUGUUGUGACUAGUGACUUUGAGCUUAAAUUUCAGACCACUGUUAUUGAACAUCUGCAUGUCCAUAAUUUGUGCUCUAAACUUUACAACUUGUCAGCUUACUUUGGAGGGUAGCAGUGAGGAAACCGUGCUAUGCAGCGUGCACUGGAAGACAGCACUUAAAACACUGAUUUUAUUUUUGUUCUGUUUACACAUCAUACAAAAAUGUCUUUUUAGCAAAACUACAGUUCAUCCUCCCAUCUCCCCUUAGCACCUACAGUAAUGUGGACUAGUCAUGGAUGGACUAACUCAAGUUUCACAUUUUUACAAAUACUUUAUUUUUGGUUAGAGUUCACAUUUAAAUAAGAACAUUAAUAUAUACUAUAGCAUCUGUGUUGAAUGAAUGUGAAUGUAUGUUAUUGUUCUCAGUAGGUCAGGGCCAUGAUGAGUUUCCCACAGUGUAUUAAAAGUCAAUGAUUAUAAUGUGAGGGAAAAAAAAAGAAAAGAAUUGACAGCAGAAAUAUUUAGCUCUGAUACCCAAAUGUCAUCUUAGGCAUUUUACUUACCUAUUCCUUUGUUUUAGGAUAUUUAACUUUUUUAAAUUGUAGCACUUCUUAACAUGUUAUAUAUAAAUAUAUAAUUCAGUAGUAUCGUUACAAUUUGUUAUUAAACAUUAGUAUAGCAUAAAUGUGACU